UCCAGCUUAGCCUCUGGCCAGACAACUGCUUCUUAAGAUGAGACUCUGGGAACUUCUGCCAUUCCUGGUCCUCUUCAUCUUCUUGUGGGGCAUCCAGGAACCUGAGCUGGCAGAGGGGUUCCUUUUCAGAAAGUGCCCAAAAUACAAAAUGAAUUGUAAUGAUGUAAAAACAGAUGACUGUGCACAUCACAUAGACUGUCCAUCAAAGGAAAAGUGCUGCCAGUUUCUCUGUGAAAAAAUAUGCAUGGACCCCAGAAUAGAUGUAUGCAGUCUGCCAAAGGUUAGUGGCCCCUGCAUGUUUCAAGUUCCACGCUGGUGGUAUAAUAAAAAAACUGGAGUCUGUACUGAAUUCAUCUAUGGUGGUUGCCAGGGGAACCUUAACAACUUCAAAAGUGAAAGUGUCUGUAAAUCCAUCUGUAAAAAAUGA